AUGGAGGCUGCAGCUGCUAAAUUCUUGUUCCAGACUACAGUGACUCAGAUCUGUCACUCUGCCAGAGAUAUCCAGCCACAUUCUCUCCAUCCAAGAGAACAGCCAGAAAGUAACCCUACAUUAUGGAGACCCUGGAUUCUCACAGCAAGAGAUGCUGAACUGGGACGUCAAGGAAUGUCUGAACUGGACGGUGAUCAGAGAAAUUUUAGCUCAAAAGGAGCUUUGGGGUUUCAGCAUCCAGUGAGACUUUAUUUGCCCAAAUCUAAAUCUCAGAAGUUCCUACACAACAUUGGAAAGAAGGUUCUGGCCAGUUUUCCAGUACAAGCCACAAUUCAUUUCUACAAUGACGACUCUGAUUCUGAAGAUGACGAGGAAGGAAGGAAUUCAGCUUUAUAA